AACGAACCUGACAACGCAUUGCGAGUCUCGAUUGCGGAAGUUUUUUAAAAUGAGAGCAUUCGAACUCAACGACUACGCCAUCAAGUACAAUUAUUUCAACAAUUUGUACGGUAUGAUCGAAUUCGAAUUGCCAUACUACGACGAGGAAGAUAUAAAAAAUGCCAUCAAUUAUACUUAUCGUCGUCGAAACACCGCAAUUGGCGACGUUGAACGUGAGAUGCGAUUGGGUGAACUAUUGGAUGAAUUGCGUUGGUUGGGAGCACCGGACGAUUGCAAUAUCCGUGACUUUGUGAAAGAGGAUUGGUUCAAGUCGAUUCGCAUGUGGUCGGAAAUUCAGCGCGAUAUUCGGAACUUUCACUUUGCAUACGAAGAUCGUCGCGAUAAACCACAAAUAAAAAACUUUGUCGUUGUGCCGAUGUGCACUUUUCAGCGUCGACACAUUCGAAUUGACACCGACGCAUUGUACGUUAUCCUAUCGAAUGCGAAAUUGGUGCCUCGAAAGUGCGGUAAACGGACACGUAAAGACGGAACAACAAAUUUCAAAAACAUCACGAGCAACGAAUUCCGCACAAAUAAAAUCCUAAGUUGGAAUUUAUUCUUCGAUGUGGAGAAAAUUCUCAAACUUGUGCACAACAAAAAGGAAUUCGAUUCUCAAAUUUGUUCCGAUGGCGUAUCUGUAUCGUUGAUGUACAAAAAACCGAAAGUACCACCAGUCGAGACAACAGAUGACGAAAUCAAGGCAAUGUAUGACAGCAAUGAGUUGAAAUAUGCUGUUGGAUGUGAUCCGGGUAUGCGAACGUGGAACGCUUCCGUACGACGAGAUUUGCAUACCAAAGAAGAGGUGAAUUUGCGUAUAUCCAGCAAGCGAUAUCACUGGGAUGCGAAACAAGGCCGACGUAAUGCAAAAGCCGAACGAAUCACAAGAUUGUUUACUUUCGAAGAGCAAGCCGAUCGUAAUCGAAUUGCAGCUAUGAUUGGUGAAAUGCCAUCGCCAAAAGGACCAUCAUGGCGUUCGUACAUUGAACAUCGAUUACGUGUAAUGAAUGAUGGCAUUGAAACAUACUCAACCAAACAGUAUGCACGCUUGGGACUGGACAAGCAUAUCGAAUCGGUUCGUGCAAUCGACAAAACGGCAUGCAAAAUGGUUCACAAUCAACCAUCAAUUUUCUACAUGGGAGCCAGUGGAUCCACACCAGCCAACUCACCGAUCAAAAUCAAAAAACACGUGCGAUGCCCAGGCACUCGCAAACUGAUUGCAGCCAUCAUGAAACGUGGAAAUUGUAUCGUUCGGAUGGUCGAUGAGUAUAUGACAUCACAGCAUUGCCCAUUGUGUUUCAAGCGAUUUCCACAAGAAACUCGACGUGAUCGAUACAAGAAAUGUGUGGGUUGUGUACCAAAUCCAAUUGUUGGACUACCACGAACCAUCGUAACCAAUGUGAGCAAACGAUUACUACAAAUGCGACGAACAAUUGAACGAAUGUGGCGCGAGAUGCGUGAUAUAGGCGAUGUCAUUGCUGCAACUCUUCGAGAUGGACCGAAUGCAGGUCGUUUGGUGUCAAAGAAGCAACGCUUCUUCAAAACAUGGCUACCAAAUGUUGCAAACGUUGAAAUCGAGGGAGCUGCCGGAGCACAACCAACGCUCACAACUGUAUGGCACCGUGAUAUCGCAGCAGCGAAGCUGAUCCUCUACAAAGGUGAAUGCGUGGUGUUCAAGCGGACAAUUCAUCCAAAUGUACGGAGACCACGCCGUGUUGACAACAAUCAGCCAUUGCCGUUGUAUCGAGGUCAGAAUCAGAAUGUCAACAAUGGACAUCUGCAGCCGCAGUAGUAGCAGCCCUCAUUCAACAACAUUCAAACAAUACUAAAUUUAGAAAUUAGUUUAUAACAAUUAUUUGUUAGUUCGCUAGGCUUGAUUAAAUUGUGGCCUUGCCAAAGUACGAGUACCUCUUGGUAUAAAUUGUACUCGGUAAGUGGAGUCUAUUGCAUAUACAAUAGCAUAAUGAUGAUUAUGAAUCAAGUCAAUUUUUUCAUAUCAGUCUAAUUGAAUUGUGCUUUCUUUUCUUUUUUUCUUUCCAUUGCGACGGUAAAAUUGACUGAAACUACACACGAAUGCUACCCCAAAUUCGACCGUAAACUUGGGCCUGGUAAUGGGUGAUUUGCGCUAACAAUUGUUCC